AAGGCCCCCGCCCCCGGCCCGGUGCUGUCUCUCUGGUCUCCUGUGGUUCCCUGGCUGGCUUCUGCGCGCGUCUCUUCUUCCAGGGCCGAGGACUGCGCUCUCAUGGCUGAAGUCAAGGUGAAGGUGCAGACGCCCGACGCGGUUCCGGUCGAAAUAGAAAACAGGAUUAUAGAAUUAUGUCACCAAUUUCCUCAUGGAAUCACAGACCAAGUAAUUCAGAAUGAAAUGCCUCAUAUAGAAGCCCAACAGCGGGCAGUGGCCAUCAAUAGACUCUUGUCCAUGGGUCAGUUGGAUCUCUUAAGAAGUAAUACAGGCCUCUUAUACAGAAUAAAGGACUCUCAGAAUGCUGGUAAAAUGAAAGGAUCAGAUAACCAGGAAAAGCUAGUCUAUCAGAUCAUAGAGGAUGCAGGAAAUAAAGGAAUAUGGAGCAGAGAUAUACGAUAUAAAAGUAACUUGCCAUUAACGGAAAUCAACAAAAUUCUAAAGAAUUUGGAAAGUAAAAAGCUUAUCAAAGCUGUUAAGUCUGUAGCGGCCUCCAAAAAGAAAGUGUAUAUGCUGUACAAUCUGCAGCCAGACCGAUCUGUGACUGGCGGGGCCUGGUACAGUGACCAGGAUUUCGAAUCUGAAUUUGUAGAGGUGCUCAACCAACAGUGUUUUAAAUUCCUACAAUCCAAGGCAGAAACAGCUCGAGAAAGCAAACAGAAUCCAAUGAUUCAGAGAAAUAGUUCAUUUGCAUCAUCACAUGAAGUAUGGAAAUACAUCUGUGAAUUAGGCAUCAGUAAGGUAGAGUUAUCCAUGGAGGACAUCGAAACCAUCUUGAAUACCCUCAUUUAUGACGGGAAAGUGGAGAUGACUAUCAUUGCUGCCAAAGAAGGCACGGUUGGCAGUGUAGACGGACACAUGAAACUGUACAGGGCAGUCAGUCCUAUAAUCCCACCCACGGGCUUGGUGCGGGCUCCCUGCGGACUCUGCCCGGUCUUUGAUGACUGCCAUGAAGGUGGUGAGAUUUCACCCUCUAACUGUAUUUACAUGACAGAGUGGCUUGAAUUUUAAUAAAGACCAAUGAACUUUACUGACAUUUUGCAAAUGAGGUUACUUCAAGAGCAACUAAUUGAAUUCAUUGCGGAACUUCAAAUUUCCUUGAAAACAUACUUCACAACAAUGGAUACAGACUUGCUGCUCUGAAGGCUUUUUUUUUCUUUACGUUAUGAAGACUAAAUGUGUCCUGAUGGAAUGUGCACAGAAAAUGGGACAGGCCAGGCUUUGGACAAGCCUGCUCUGCAGCGCUGGAGGGUCUCAGCCUUUGAUGCUCUCAAGACUUUGGAAAACUCAGACAAAGAAGCCAGAAGUUUACCAAGCACUGGGUUAAUAGCUGGAGCACAAAUGUGUUUAAGGUUAAUUUGUUAAAGUUUUCAUUGGAAACAUUGAACUGAUUCACUUCUGCCUGUAGGGAUUGAAAUAGAAGAGAUCUAAGCAAGAAUACUGACAAGUGCUUUCUGAAUGCAACUAAUAUAGAGUCAAACCAGUAGCAGAACUUACUAUGUUCAGUAAAAAUGACCCAUUUCAGCAUUUUAGACUCAACCUUACAAAAUGAUAUGUAAGACUAAAUAUCUUUUAUGAAGACAAUUUUUUUUGGUACUGGGAAUCGAACUUAGGACCUUAUGCUUACCAGGCAGGCGUUGUGCCACGGAGCUAAAUUCCCAGCCCUGAAGACACUUUUUAAAAAGAACUUGUGGAAGUGCACUGUCUCUGCCGUCCAGGGAGGCAGCCACGAGCCAGCAGAGUCUGCUGAGCACCUGAAACACGGCUUGGGAGACUGAACUGAAUCCUGCACUUUUUAGCUACCUCUGCCUGUGGUUACUGUGCUGGGCAGCACAGCUCCACAAUCCUGGGGCUUAUGUUAGUUAUGGUAGGAAUGAAAGAUACCAGAAUGAGUUCUUUCUUAAUUGUAUAUAUUUGGAUUUUUUUUUCCUAUGAAGGAAGAAGACAAUAAAACAUUACAAAUGAU